AUGGGCAAUUCUAAUGAUAAAAUAGUCUUAUUAAGUGGAAGACUUAAGUAGAUGAAAUUACUUGCAGAAAGGGGAGAUUAUACAAUAUAUGAACACAUUGAAGAAGACAAAUAAUAUGAACAUUGGGUAUGGAAAUCAGAAUCAGACACUUAUGAAGAUGCUGAAUUAAUGGCUUAAGAUUAUCAUUAAUGUUAAUCAAUAACUAAAAUUUAUUAUUAAUCAAGAGGAUGUAUUGUAGAAACUUUUACUAAAUAAUACAUAUUUGCCAUAAUUAUGGAACAUCCAUCUUAUAAUUUAAUGGAUUAUAUAAAUAGAUAAAAAAUACUCUAUAAAAAUUAAAUCAUUAAUAUGGUUGUAAAUAUUAUAGAAGCUCAAAGAACAUUAAGAGAUAGUUGUUAAUAUUUAGGUUUCUCUAAUAUUUAUACGAAGGAUGGAAAUUAUUGGAUGUUAAAACCUUUUUAAUAAAUUAAAUCUUUUAUUAAUAAUCAUAAAUAUCUUGAAGGCUAUCCAGCUCCAGAAGAAUUUAUGAACAUUAAAUUUGAUAUUGAAAGAGCAACUGUUUUUAGUUUUGGAAUGUUGAUGUUACAUAUAAUAUUAAGUAUAUUUUUAUCAUAAUUUAAAAAUAGAUAAAAGUAACCAAGAUUUAUAUAAAAUAUGUGGAAUAGAUGAGAUUGCUUUGAAUUUGAGAAUACAAGAAUUAUUAUAAAAAAACAACUAUGAAAAAGAUUUCUUAAGAAUUAUUGCUUAAAUGUUGAUAAUCGAUCCAAAUUAGAGACCUGAUUAUCCAUAGUUAAUUAUAUUAUUAGCAAUCAGAAAUAUUGGAUUAUCAAAUCAAUAAUAAUCUCAUAUGUCAUAAGUAUUAAAUCAAAGUUCAAAAAGUAAAAUAAGUAGAAUUCUUAAUGGAUUAGUGUCAGUUCCUCUAGAAUAAGAGAACUAUAUAAUUAAAUUACUUAAUAGUAAAUAAUAGAUUAAAUAAAUAGAUGAAGAAUUAGAGGAAUCAAUAAGUAUAAAUUUAUUCUACUUUAUUUAGAUUUCUAAAACAAAGAAAAACAAGAAGUUAUAAAUCCUUAUUCAGUUAUUCAAUAUAAAAAUUAUGAAAUUUUGAAUGAAGCAUAUGAUUAUAAUGAUUUUACAAAUGUAAUGAAUUAUGCAACAAAAUAUGAAGGAUAUAUUCAAAAUUCAAAGUAUUAAUAUUUUAUUUAAAUAUAGAAAACAUGGUCAAGGAACAUUGUAUUUAUCAAAUAAUGAAUAUUAUUAAGGCAAUUUUGUAAAUGAUUAGAUAGAAGGUAAUGGAUAAUUCUACACUCUCAAUAAGAAUAUUGUAAGAGGAGUAUGGAGAGAUCAAAAAAUUUAGGAGAAGUAAUUAGUGUCUAAAUUCAAAUCCUUAUUUUAGUAGAAUUAAUAAAUUAGUGUUAAAUCACAUAUGAUAAAAUAAAUUCAUAGUGGAAAAAAUGAUAUACCUUAAGAAAUAUAUGAUAUCAAAGUUCCUUAAAUUGGUGAUGUAUCCACUUUAUCACAUCCUCAAAAUUAAUUCAAUAAUUAAAAUAAAUCAUAUGCUAGUGAUUAAAUAACAUAUCAUUCAACUUUAGACAUUAAUUAUCGUAGAUAAGGUAAAAAAUAUAAAUAAUCUCAGGUUAUAUAACAAAUGAAUCAGGAAAGGUUAUUUAUGCUGGACUAUUUAGUGAUGAUUAAUAUGAUGGGUAUGGAAUACUUAAGAAUCUUGAUUAUGAAAAGAUUGAUUUUGUAGAUCAUAUAGAUCUAAAUGUAGCCAUAAAUUUGAAAGCAUGGGUUUAAUAUGAUGGAGAAUUCAAGAUGGGAAAGUAUUAAAUUAUAAAUAUAAAAUAGAAAAAAUGGUAAUGGUACAUUAUACUUCAGUGAUAAGAGUAUGUUUUAGGGAUAAUUUUAAGAUGAUAAAAUAUACGGAAUGGGAUAGUUUAUUAAUUCGAAAAAAGAACUUAUAAAUGGUAGAUGGAUUAAUGGAUUAUAUCAAUAAGAAAAUUAAUGA